AUGGGCGCCAUCGCAGAGAGAUACUACUCCUAUGGCAACGGCUACUACUACUCCACGCCCUGGGAACGCUGGGGUCGCUGGGUAGUCCUCGCCGUCAUCAUCGUCGGCGCAUUCUUCCUCUUCCUCAUCUGCGCAUGCAUAUCUGCCCGCCGCCGCCGUCGUCGAGGCCUGCAGCCGUUCAGGGGAACAGGAUGGGCGGGCGCGGGACCCCAGGGCCAUCCCCAGCAGUUCCAGCCGCCGCCGGGCCAGGGCCAGCAGCAGUAUCCUUCGCCGAACCCCCAGCAGUACCCUCAGCAGUACCCCCAGCAGCAUCCUCAACAGUACCCUCCACAGCAGUAUCCUCCACAGCAAGGCGGCGUUGCCAGCCCUCCGCCCCAGUACGGUACGGCGCAGGACUACUACGCACCCCAGCAGACCGGCGUCGAGCUGCAGCAGCCUCCCAACGCCUAUGGAGGACAGCCAUACGGCCACAAGGCGUGA